UAGAAAAAUUUCAAAAAUAUUCUGAACUUGAAGCUAAACUUGUAAUUGAAAAUCUUAACUUCUUAACGAUGCUACCAAAGUUUUUUGAACUAAUAAUAAAUAUCUGCUCAUAUAUGAACUCAACAGUUGUACUUUACUACAUCAAGCCUUUAUCUAUUAUACAAAAAGUUAAAGGUGAAAGAACCACAUGUAUUGAAAAUUAUACGUUACCUCAGCUGCAAAAUCAAGUUUCUACUUGUUCAGAAAACAAAAACUACAUUUAUGGUUUUUGUGAAGCAAAUAUAAUUUCAAAAUCUAGCGUUACAUUAAAGUGCUUGACAACAAAUCGGCUUUCGUUAGAUAGUUUUAGUACAACGUGUUCUUCAGAUAUUGGUUUGUGGAGUUUUUAUCAGGACCCGAUUUUUUCAACUUACGGCAUUUAUGUUAUAUAUAUGAUACUUGGAUCGUUUAUAAUCAUUUUAGCAUUACUUACAAACUUGGUGAUUAUAUUUUCUGUUGCUACUUCAAAAUUAAUAAAAUCACCCAAUGCUGUCGUAUACGCAGUACAUAUGGCUCUACUUGAUCUAUCAUUAGCACUCUCCGCUCAACCCAUGUAUUUAUUUUUAAACACCGUAUCUCAGGAGAACUGGUUUCACGGCUACUUUAUAGUGUCGGAAAAAAUGUACAAUUCCAUUUCAGAUUGGUAUAACCAUAUUGAUUUUGUGCUAAUAAAUGCUCAGUUUGCAAACUUAGCGGUGUUAGGUGUAGAAAGAUGCGUUGCAAUUGUUAAACCGUUUUGGUAUUUAGAAAAUGUUUCGUACAAAAAGUGCAUUUUGUCUUUAGGUUUAGUAUGGAUUUAUACAGUAAUUAUGUUUUUUAUAAGGUUUUAUACUGUAGAAAAUGAGAUGAUUAUUUAUGUAAUAAUUUCACUUGCAUAUGGAGUACCUACACUUAUUAUGCUAUCAACUUAUGCUGUAAUCAUUUACGAUGUCCGAAAAUCUCAAAAGCGAACGAAUUCCCAUAAAAACCAACAGUUAAUAGUGACAGUUAAAUUAGCAAAACUGAUGAUUCUUUUUUUUAUUUGUUGGAUACCAUUUUUUCUUUGUUUUAUAUUAGAAAUGAAAACUACAACUAAUGAUGUCAUAGUUGCAAUGAAAUGGACAAAAUUGUUGUCAUAUUGCCACAGUUUUUUCAAUCCAAUUAUUUACUCUUUCUCGCAUUCGGAAAUCAAAAAAGAAAUUAUAAGAACUCUACAGUUCUUCACAAGAAGUAAGAAAAAAAAAUUGAAAAGAACAAUCUCAACUUAUGACACGUCACCUCAAACUAGAAAUACUUCAACAUGGACUAUUUCAAAUUCUAAUUGAAUGUAUAAAUUUGUUUUUCAUAAAAUCCCGAGACAAAACUCAAUAAAAACAUAACUAAACUAAACUACAUACAAGUUGCACGCUAAAGCUACUUUCUUUGCCCAUGAUAUCAGCAGUGUAUAAAAUAGGUUUUUUGAUUUUGUAUAAAUUAAGUAUCAUUACUUAGCCGCUUUAAAAUCCAGGUAGAAGAAAACGUGAUUCUGAUAAGUUUAUUUCAUAUCAGUACAAAAGUUAGUUUUUUACCAAAAGCAUCAAUAAUUUUCUUAUGCCCUAUAUCACGUUUGCUUUAUUUUAAAAUUGAUUUUUUUAUUAUGUACAUUUGGUUUGGUAAGAAAUAUUUGUUUUAUCUAUUUGCUCAUAAAUGCCAACAAAAACUUACAUAAUGAAGAAAAAUUGAAUUUCCUUUGAUAAUCGCACGAUUUUUAUUGCACGACAAUACAAAAAUUUUCUUAUACAAAUUAAGUUAAUCUUAAAUAACAGAAACCAACUUGUUAUACUUUGCGAAAAAUAGUCAAAUUGGUUUCAAAUUUAAAAAUAGUCAAAUUGGUUUCAAAUUUUCAAAAAAGUAAUCCAAGGAUCAGUAUUUGGACAUUUGGACCGCUUUUACUUAUAAUAUUCAUAAACAACUUUCUCUGUCAACUUUUCACGUAAAAAAACAUAGAUAGACGAUAGUAAAAUUGUUACCGAGUUGUACAAAAUUGAUACACAAAAAGUUGAACCACAAAUUGGUAUAAAUAAAAUACCUGAACGGUGUCAUUAAUAGAAAAUGGAAAAACGGUAAUUGGCAAGAACAGCAAAAAAUAAGAAUACUCAAUCCUGGGAUACGAUAAAAAUAUAGGAUUUCGACUUAUAAGCUCUGUUUCUGAAAAAGAUCUAGGCCAUAUGACUUCUAAUGAUUGAAAACAUAGCCAACAUAUCCAAUAAUGCACCAAUAGAACUGUUAAAAUGCUAGAUUUACUAAAUUCAAACUCGAAUUCUACACCAACUUAAUUGCUAAAACAUCGUAUAACACCUUAACUUACGUAAUUUAUAUUAUAUUAAAAAGGAUCUGUUACAAGUUAUUUUAAAUCACAAAACCCCGUACCCUAUCUGUCACAAAGCCAAGAUCUCAAUGUUUUUCACGUGAUGUUAUGAAAUACAUCAAUCGGCAAUUAGUCGCUUAAAAACCAACCAAUCAAGACAAGUCUACUUGCUUUGAUUGAAGAUUGAUGGUAACAUAACAUUCCUCAGAAUAUUCUUGCUAAUUUAUUUGAAUUUGGUUUGAUGUCUUGUUGUUGUUAGGCUGUUUUUCAAAAACAAAUAGAUAUAAAUCUAAACACUAACUUUCGUAUCGAAAUAUCUUUUAAAAUUGAUAAGUUAUUGAUUUUUUAAAUAAAUAUCAAUCAAAAUUUA